AUGAAGGAGAGUGUUGGCCUUGGGAAGAACAGCCAACUCGGAUUGACAACGCUUCUGACGUUUGCCAUUCUCGCUCUGGCAUGGUUUGUCGGAUUUGCGUCAAGAUUGUUUGCUAUCGUCAGAUUUGAAUCUAUCAUUCACGAAUUUGAUCCAUGGUUUGCUCUCAAUUCCUAAAACUUUCCUCAAACAUAAAUUUAGGUUCAACUACCGCGCAACUCAUCAUAUGGUUCAAAAUGGUUUCUACAACUUCUUGAACUGGUUCGAUGAAAGAGCUUGGUAUCCUCUAGGACGAAUCGUCGGUGGAACGGUUUUUCUUUAAGAUAUCAAAUAAUUUAAAAAGUUCAUAUUUAUCCAGGUCUAUCCCGGUUUGAUGGUCACAUCAGGUCUCAUUCAUUGGAUUUUGGAUGGAUUGAAUUUCCACGUUCAUAUUAGGUAAUUAAAUAUUUGAGUUGUUUGUAAAAUGAGCUUUUUGUAGAGAAAUUUGCGUGUUUCUUGCCCCCACUUUCUCCGGCCUUACUGCGAUUGCAACAUACUUCUUGACGAAGGAGCUGUGGAGCCCCGGAGCUGGUAAUUUAAAAUAUUUGAUUGAUUAUCCAACUCGAUUCAGGACUUUUUGCCGCGUGCUUUAUCGCUAUCACCCCCGGAUACACUAGCCGUUCCGUUGCUGGAUCUUACGAUAACGAAGGAAUCGCCAUUUUUGCUCUACAGGUUUUGAAUGAAAAAAAAAGGAAAACAACUCAUUAUUUUUGUUCAGUUCACUUAUUUCUUGUGGGUGAAGUCGCUGAAGACUGGCUCCGUGACAUGGGCGGCUCUUUGCGCUCUGUCCUAUUUCUACAUGGUCUCCGCCUGGGGAGGAUACGUCUUCAUUAUCAACUUGAUUCCGCUCCACGCGUUGGCUCUCAUUAUCAUGGGUAAGAGCUUGGAUUUACUAUAUCUUUCGAUUUCUCCGGGUUAUUUCUUUCUCUUUCCUUUUUUUCUUUUUAGUUUUAUUAAUUGUUUCCACUUAAAAUACUGAACUAAAUUGAUGCUAAUCCUUCUUUCUACUUUCCAUCCGCCUAGAAAAACUUCAAAAACGGUGGGAGCGUUCUGUUUUUCGUACCAACUACUUCCUUUUUUGUACCAAAAUACUGCUGACGAAUUUCAAAAAUUCUUGCAAAUUUAAUUUUCAGGACGAUACUCUUCUCGUUUGUUCGUUUCAUAUACCACAUUCUAUUGCUUGGCUACGAUUCUCUCUAUGCAAAUUCCUUUCGUUGGCUUCCAACCAGUUCGUACUUCUGAACACAUGCCCGCCUUCGGAAUCUUUGGACUGCUCCAGGUUUAUAAAAUCUUUUAUAUUUUUCUUUACAAUAAUUCUGUUCAGAUUGUGGCCGCUAUGCACUAUGCUCGCACUAGAAUCACUCGUCAGCAGUUUUUGACGCUUUUCGUUGGAGGACUCACCGUUGUUGGAGGUCUCGCCGUCGUUGUCUACUUUGCCCUCGUUUGGGGUGGAUACGUCGCUCCGUUCUCUGGCCGUUUCUACUCACUUUGGGAUACCGGUUACGCCAAGGUUUCUUUUUUUUUAGCUUUUUGAAACAGAUUUUGAGGCCUUAGUUGUAUUUUGACGGUUUAGAUCCACAUCCCCAUCAUCGCCUCGGUUUCUGAACAUCAGCCUACAACUUGGGUUUCUUUCUUCUUUGAUCUCCACAUCACCGCCGCUGUUUUCCCUGUUGGAUUGUGGUACUGCAUCAAGAAGGUCAACGACGAGCGGGUUUUCAGUAAGUUUUUUUCAGUUUUUUUUUUCUAAAAAUAGUUUUUGGUUUUUUUUUUCUUGAGGAGAUUUUGUUUCCAAAAAAUCAUUUGAAAAUAACUGAUUCAAUUUUUUUUUUAAAGCUAGAAAUGCUUUAUCUUAUCUGUAAUCUCUUUUGAAAUAAUGUUACACAGUUUUUUCCAGAUCAAAAAAUAGGUACCUAUUAUUUUAAUUUUCCUCUUUUUUUCAUUGAGUCCUUCUCAUAUUUGUUUUCUUGGUUUUUUCAUUUCACACUCACUUUCCAGUCAUUCUCUACGCUGUUUCGGCCGUUUAUUUCGCCGGUGUGAUGGUCCGUUUGAUGCUGACUUUGACUCCUGCGGUUUGCGUCCUUUCCGGAAUCGCCUUCUCUUAUACUUAUGAAAAGUUUGCUUUUCUCGAUGUUCCCUAUAGUUUCUCACUUUUAAUUGAAGAUACCUGAAGGACGAUGAGAAAGUUCCUGGAUCGACGGGUUCCACCAAAUCUGGGGAGCCAAGGACCUACGACAAGCCUGGAAAGUCGAAGGUAGUCGACGCAAGUUCAAGUGUUGUGAGUGUCUUUGUCCGUGUUUUAUCAAUGUCCUUUUGUCAUUUAUUUGUUGUAUUAUCGUCCUUUUUGUUUUUUUGUGGUGUUUUUAUGAGUAAUAAUUUUUUUUCAGUGCAAAUCAGUUUUUAAUUCUUUUUUCCUAAUAUUUAAGACUGGAAUUAGCCUAUUUGUAAUUUUUUUUCUUCUGGUAACUGAACCAAAUAUUUCAGCCGAGCUCUUCUGAAUCGGAUGAUCAAGUCUCCGUCAACGUGAAAACCUUCGUCUCGGUUUUGCUGCUCAUUUUCUUGCUCAUGUUCGUCGUUCAUGCGACCUACGUCACCAGCAACGCCUAUUCUCAUCCAUCCGUCGUUCUUCAAACCGCCUCCGGCAACGGGUUGGUUGAAUUUUUUUUAUUCUGAUCGAACGGAUAUAAGGUUAACCCCAUAUAUGUUUUUAACCUUGUCUUGCAACACCGUGAAAUCUAAAUAGAAAUUUCCUUGGUAUUAAUUCCUACUAGAGUUUUUGUAAAAAAAAUGUGAGUUAGAACUUUAUUUUUGAGUGAUAAAAACAGUAUAAAAGCUUAGAAGCUAUAUUUCUAGGAUGAGACAGAAAAUAGUUUAAAGUGACUCAUUUUCUUUACGCAUCUUAUGCAAGCUUGUGAAUCUUAAGAUUUUUGGGGACGGUGUGUAACAUAAACUUGGUUAUUUAGCUAAUUUUUGGCGAAUCAUUGAUUUUUUUAUAAAAUAAAAAAAUCAAAGACUGUGCAUUUCGAUUUUUGAGUAUUUUUCAACUAUCGAAAGUUUCAGUUCACGAUUUCAUUUGUAGUCGAAAAAGUUGUUCGAGAAAAGUUUCAGUGAAAUAUCUAGUCUCAUUUUUUUUAUGCGGGAAACGUUCAGAGAUCGGCUUAUCAUGGAUGAUUUCCGCGAGGCUUACCAUUGGCUCCGCGAGAACACGGCUGACGAGGCCCGAGUCAUGUCCUGGUGGGAUUACGGUUAUCAGAUUGCGGGAAUGGCUAACCGCACGACGCUUGUUGACAACAACACCUGGAACAACUCUCAUAUCGCACUUGUUCGUUGGAAAAUGAAGGAAAAAAUCAGUCGAAAGUAAUCUUUCAAGGUCGGAAAGGCGAUGUCUUCAAACGAAUCAGCCGCUUACGAGAUUAUGAGAGCUCUUGAUGUUGACUAUAUACUUGUCAUUUUCGGCGGAGUUAUCGGAUAUUCUGGAGAUGAUAUCAACAAGUUCUUGUGGAUGGUCCGAAUCGCCCAAGGAGAACACCCGAAAGAUAUCAGGGUAUGUUUCGACUUUGUUGGAUUCAAUUUUUUUUUGAGUUUUAUUUAGCAUGUAUUAAACCAAUGGCAUUUAUUAUUCAAGAAAAAUUAAAAUAAUCUUUUAAAUUUUCGUUCAGAAUGUUGGCUUCGAACAUUAAGAGAAACGUUAAAUUAAAAAUAUAGGGCUAAAAUGUUAAAAUUUGUAAAAUUAUUGAUAUUUUUCCAAUUUAUUUCGGCCGAAUAUUUUUCUUCGCAAAUCAUUCCAAUGAAGGAAAAAAGUGUAUGAAAUUAACUAGGAGUGUAUGCGAGUUCGAUACGAUUGAAACAGAAUAUUGAUUCAAUUUUUAUUGUUGGAACUUGAAAACAACGAUUUUUAGUUUUACAGAAAAUUGAAAAAAAGCAAAAAAAGAUCAGAAUGAAUCAAUUUGAAACAGGAUUGUGUGUUUUUACAGGAGGAGAACUAUUUCACCGAGUCUGGAGAAUACAGCGUCGGCGCCCAAGCUUCUGAGAUCAUGCUGAACUGUCUGAUGUACAAGAUGAGCUACUAUCGGUUUGCUGAAACUCGCGUUGGAUAUAACCAACCGGCCGGUUUCGACCGAACUCGCGGAUACGUCAUCGGAAAGAAGGUUUUCCUAUCAUAGAAACUGCGGAAAAGUCGAAACAAACAUUUCAGGACGUGACCCUCGAUUAUAUCGAAGAAGCCUACACGACAGAGAACUGGCUCGUCCGGAUAUACAAGCUGAAGGAUCUGCCGAAUCGGCCACAGAUCAAGCCUGCCGAUUUGACAGUUCCUUUCCGAGGGAAACGAGUCGCUAAGGUAUUUCCUCAUCUACCUUGAAUGAUUUGAAAAAGUCAUGUUUUCAGGGUAAAAACAAGAAAGGCAUUCUUCUUCAAAAUGAAAGUGUCAAGGGAAAGAAGGCGGAAGCAGUCUAG